CUUAUGUAUUUUAUUGUUUUCCACCGAAACUAAUUGCAGAGUGUGUCAGUGAGAGAGAGAGAGAGAGUUUGUGUGAAUGAGAACUCGGCAUUUGACUCAGUGAAUUAGCUCAGUGACAAUCUCUCUUUCUAUGAGUUUCAGGUUUGUGCUAGAUUGAGAUAAAGUGAAUUUGCUCUCACUAUGGGUGUCUCAGGGAAGUGGAUUAAGGCAUUGGUGGGUCGAAAGAAAUCAGAAAAGCCAGACUCGUUAGAGAAGGAUGGGAUUGGAAAUAAGGUUAGCAAGUAUCGUGAUCAGAAAAAGCAUUCUGUCGAAUUUGAUGAUGGUAAACUUCCUAACGAAUUUGAUAGUGAUGCUACUCAACCUACUGGAGACAACAAUGGACAUACAAACACUGAUGCACAUUGCUCACCUUCUACCUCACAACAAGCACAUGAUGCCGAUCAUAAUCAUCAAAAUAGGCAGGAAUGGGCUGCAAUACGCAUUCAAACAGCAUUUCGAGGAUUUCUGGCCAGAAGAGCACUACGAGCUUUGAAAGGAGUGGUAAAACUUCAGGCCCUUGUAAGAGGCUAUGCAGUGAGAAAACAAGCUGCAAUAACACUCCGUUGCAUGCAAGCUCUGGUAAGGGUUCAGGCUCGAGUUCGGGCAAGGCAUGUUCGCAUGUCAUUGGAAACUCAAGCAGCACAACAGAAACUUCAGCAAAAGCUUCCAAACAAAGUUCAAGUUCGAGAAAUAGAAGAAGGAUGGUGUGAUAGUGUAGGAUCUGUUGAAGAAAUUCAGACUAAAAUAUUGAAGAGGCAGGAGGCUGCAGCAAAACGUGAGAGAGCCAUGGCAUAUGCUUUAGCUCAUCAGUGGCAGGCAGGAUCAAGGCAACAGCCUGUUUCCUCUGGAUUUGAACCAGAUAAAAGUAGCUGGGGUUGGAAUUGGUUGGAAAGAUGGAUGGCUGUCCGUCCUUGGGAGAAUCGCUUCGUUGACAUUAAUCUGAGGCAUGGAUUAAUGAUGCAUGAAAAUGGAGCUAAGGAUGGUCAAAAUGGAACAGCACAUCAGUUAAGACCUGCUAACAAUAACAAGAAACCAUUUUCAUCGAACUUGCAUCCGCUCCCUGCAAGUCAGAGAACUGGUCCCAUUCUUUCCAAUGGAUGUGAUUCUUCACCUGCACCAAGUAAGUCAGCAGGUUCGGUAGAAACAUCAGACACACAGCCUGUCAAGCCAAAUUUUAAAGCAGAUGUUGAAAAUGUUGUUGAAGAAGCUAACUUAAAACCUGGAAUUCAAUCAAGAUCUCAUUCAAACCCCAAGGAAAGAACAUCACAGGCAGAUAAGAAGGCCAAAAAUCGAUUAUCUCUGCCAAACAAUGGGAGUGGUCCUAGAUCUCAAACAACCAGACUUCCUAUUGGAACUAAUGUGAAAGGGACGCUAAGCACACAAAAAGCUGGCAGGGAUAAGCCUAAGCCCAAUAGAGGAAAAGAUGUGAAUAUUACAAAACCAGUUCCAUAGCUCAAUGGAAGAGAGGAUGUGAAUAAUACACGGGUAUGCAUUUUCGAGAAUCCCAAAUAAGGGAAAUUAUUCUAUUCUCCAUUGAUAUAUGGCCAUUUGUCGUUCUGUACAUAUAAUGGCUUUGUACUAAGUUCAUCCAUAAAGACGCUGAUAUGAUUUUAUGGAUGAGAUUGGCAUGGGGUGUGAUGGGAAUCAAAUUUGCUUGCUUGCUACAUGUCUGUUGUAAUUAUGCAAUAUUUGUUGUGGUUAGUCAUAAAAAAAGAAUGUUGGUUAUGCGACAACAUGAUGUAUUUAUAUUCAAAUGUGCACUUUUCGAUGUAUGAUUGCCUUCCUCUUCAUUUUAUGCAAGUUGCCAGCUAUUCUUGAGUGA